AAAUUGUGAAAGUAAGGGAAGAUGAGCGUUUCCGGGAUUUUCCGGAUGGCCAGCCUGCUUCCGGCCUGUUCCGCGCAGAGUUGUCUUCAUCACCGCUACUUCUUCUCUUCUCAUACUUCCAUGGUAAUAAUCAUCGCAAUAAUAAUCCGGUUGAUGCCAUGCGGUGGCCGUGUCCAAUCGUGUCGGCAUCUGUCUUUCCCUCCGCCUGCUCCGGGAGAAAGCGUUCGGCCUCUGCGACUCGGUUCUGGCACCGAGAGGACAUGGAGCGCCUAGAGCGUACAAUAUUCAUUCUUAUCCCCGCACGGAUACUCUAGAGAGAGUAGAGUAGAGAAUCGUGCCCAACGACAACGCCACUCACCCGCCACAGUAGCUAUCGCGGUGUUUCAGGUUCCCAUUAUGUACACGGAGAGCACUUUAUCAGAGAGGACAUAUCAAAAAGAAGAAGAAGAAGAAGAAGAAGAAGAAGAAGACAUCACCAGACACGGCUGAGGUACAGCCCCUUUCCUGCCGUGUGGACGCCCACGAUGAUCGUGGACCGCAACUCCCGGCCCGUCGCGUCGCAUCGGCAAUUGAGUGUUCGAUAUCGAUUUAGCUCUGGAAAGCAAGGCUGUUGUCUGUAGAUUAUUGUUCUAGAAGCUGACUUGAAAAUGGGGUUGCUAUUUUUGCAUCCCACGGGCCGUCACACGCUGCGACGCCAGGCAGACGGCCUGAAGAUGAAUCAGGAGACAAACUUUGACAAGCCGGUGCGGCUUUUUUUUCUUUGGUUUGGCUCAUUUUCAUUCUUGUGCCGCAUUGAAUCUGAUAAUGUGAUGGAUACUAUGGAGUGUAUCCACUGCGCUGGAUAUGCCGUCCGGAUCCAUGGAUGCUGCUCCAAGUGCCGAUAUCCGCCUCGAAUCUCUUCACGGCCCGCAGCGAUUGGCGAUGGAGGAGUUUGAAUGGGGAACCUGCAUGUCGCGAUGUCGAUUAUUGCUGGAGAACACGAGAAUGCAUCGAGGUUUGGGCUGUAGCCACGUCAGCGUCUUCAUCAGGAGCUUGCUGCUCGACACCCACGAGGCUUUUUUUUUGCAUGAUAAUGGAAACAAAAAUAAUAAUGAAUAAUAAUGCUACAGUACCCUCCAGACACAGACACACGGACCGGUGCAUCUCCUUACCGGCUGCUGCUCCUCACUAACCGCCUUGUUCUGUCGCAACUCCCUGUCUCCCUUCCCCUGACGCCCUUUGCCACUGCCAACGGCCUGCACCCGCGAGUUGCUUAAAUCCCCCAUCCUGUCCUGCUUCUCGUCUGUCUUGUUGGCCCUCCAGUUCGCUUUCAUCCCUUUGCUUUGAGAAAGGAACAAACACACCUCACCGUCACAAUGGUCCAUCUUGCUCCCGUCAGAAGGGGCAGCAACGCCAUCGAGUCCCUGCAUCGACGCGUCAAUUCCAUCAAACUCGAAAAGGAAGACGACGAUGGCUUCUACUCCAGCGUCUACGGCACCCGCUACGCCGCUGAAGCUCUCCCUGCGAACGAAAUGCCCGAGAAGGAAAUGCCACGCGAGGUCGCAUACCGUAUGAUUAAAGACGAACUUAGUCUGGACGGCAAUCCCAUGCUCAACUUGGCGAGCUUUGUCACAACCUACAUGGAAGAUGAAGCCGAGAAGCUCAUGACCGAAUCCUUCAGCAAGAACUUCAUCGACUAUGAGGAGUAUCCCCAGAGUGCUGAGAUCCAAAAUCGCUGUGUCAGCAUGAUCGCCAAUCUCUUCCAUGCUCCCCAGGGAGAAGAUGCUUCUGAGCAUUCCAUGGGUACUUCCACCAUCGGCUCCUCCGAGGCUAUCAUGCUGGGUACCCUGGCCAUGAAGCGUCGCUGGCAGAACAAGCGUAAGGCCGAGGGCAAGGACUACUCCAGACCCAACCUCGUCAUGAACAGCGCCGUCCAGGUUUGCUGGGAGAAGGCUGCUCGCUACUUCGAUGUUGAGGAGCGCUACGUCUAUUGCACUGAGUCGCGUUAUGUCAUUGACCCGGUGGCUGCCGUUGACCUGGUUGACGAGAACACCAUCGGUAUCUGCGCCAUCCUUGGUACCACCUACACCGGCCAGUACGAGGAUGUCAAGGCGAUCAAUGACCUCCUGGUCGAGAGAGGACUUGAUGUUCCUAUCCAUGUCGAUGCAGCCAGCGGUGGUUUUGUCGUUCCCUUUGUCAACCCCAAGCUGGAAUGGGACUUCCGACUGGAAAAGGUGGUGUCCAUCAAUGUAUCCGGACACAAAUACGGAUUGGUAUAUCCUGGUGUCGGUUGGGUCGUCUGGAGAUCUCCCGAAUACCUCCCCAAGGACCUGGUCUUCAACAUCAACUACCUAGGCGCCGAACAAGCCAGCUUUACCCUCAACUUCUCCAAGGGCGCCUCCCAGGUCAUCGGCCAGUACUACCAGAUGAUCCGGUUAGGAAAACGCGGCUACCGGGCCAUCAUGGUCAACCUCACCCGCAUCGCCGACUACCUGUCCCAGGAACUGGAGAAACUGGGCUUCAUCAUCAUGAGCGAAGGUCGCGGCCACGGCUUGCCUCUCGUGGCCUUCCGACUCUCACCAGACCGAGACACGCUCUUCGACGAAUUCGCUCUGGCCCACCAACUCCGCGAACGCGGCUGGGUGGUCCCUGCCUACACGAUGGCACCGCACAGCAACUCCCUCAAACUAAUGCGGGUGGUGGUCCGGGAGGACUUCAGCAUGAACCGCUGCGACAGUCUCAUCACCGACAUCAAGCUGGCGUUGAAGACCUUGGGCGACAUGGACAAGACAUUGAUGGAGAAAUAUAAAAGGUGAGUUUUCUUCGUUCAUGCCGUCCCGGGCCGUUCAGCUAGCUGCACUUGACGAAAAUAUUUCAACGGAACGUGAUGUAGACUAAACUAACUUCAAGAGCUCUGGCCAAACGCAGUCAUGUCCGGAGCCACAGUAACUCAGCCAAGGGGGCUAUGCACCCGCAUUACCGGAACGAGACGCAUUCGCUGCAGGGGAAGACUGGGAAGACACAUGGUAUUUGUUAGUUAUUAGACUUUAGAGUGGUUUUGUUUUGGUAUUUUUUUCUAGAGGUAUAUAGGAUUGGGGUUGAAUAUUGAAUAUGGAGUACGUGAUGCUUACAAUUGAUUUCUUUCUUUGGGUGUCUGAAUGAAUGAAUGAAUGAAUGGAUUGAAAGAUCA